AUGAAGGAGCUUUGGUCUCGGUGCGUGGUUUUUGCCCGGAUGAAGCCGGACGACAAGAUCAACGUGCGGCACUCGGUCGUCAAGUACCUGCAGGGCCGUGGCUUGGUGGUAGGCAUGGCCGGAGACGGGGGCAACGACUGCGGAGGCCUGCGGGCAGCCCACGCGGGCCUGGCCUUGUCGGACGCGGAGGCGUCCAUGGUGGCGCCCUUCUCCACCGGCCGCCCCGGCACAGGAGCUGCCAAGCACGACAUCUCGUUGACCACUGUGCCGGAUCUCAUCAAGGAAGGGCGCGCGUGCUUGGCGACGAACAUGGCCACCUUCACCUACUUCAUGGUCUACGCCUUCCUGCUCACCACGGUCCGGACCUUCUUCAUUGUCUUGCACAACCUGAGCUUGGGUGAGUGGGUGUGGAUUACAAACGACAUUGGUGUGGGUGUCAUCAUGAUGUUCUUCAUGACCCAAUCCCAAGCGCUGCCGCACCUGGCGAAGUUCCGACCCACCGCCACCCUGCUGGGCUUCAGAACCGUGUCAGGCGUUUUGGUGCCUUACGGCCUGGGCUGCGCCAUCCUGGGCGUGGGUUUGGCGGUGCUCCACAUGACGGAAUGGUACGACCCCUUGAACCCCAGCUGGAUCAGCGUGCUGCCCCAGCUGUGGAUGAACAAGGGCGACAACUACGAUAGUGCCAUUGGGGUGCUGAUCCUCUUCAUCGUACUUUCCACCACCGCGUACGUGAACACUUACGGAG